AUGUCUGGUGAAGAGGUAGAGAAAUUUGCUAACGUCGAGGAAAUAGACUCUUCCCCAAAAGAAGAAAUUGGAGCUACAUUUAUAGUACCUAAGUUACUUAUCAAAGAGCAUGAACGGGUUAUACUCAAACAGAUUCUACAGAUUCUAAACCAAGAUGAAUUACUACAGGCUCCACUAGACAGAUUCCCUUACAGGAGACUUGAGUUACCAAAGUACACAGAUCAGUCGAAGACCAGAGACGCAACAAACACUUCUUAUAUAAUGGAACAAAGGGAUGUAUAUGGUGAGAAAAAGAUAGGAUUGAAUGGUGAACUGUUUGGUGGCAGACACUAUUUGUUCAAUAUGUUUACCUUUGCAGCUAGUGGAAACGUUCUUCUCACGCUUUUAAAAGACGUUAUUAAAGUACUGUACCAGGAUGAUUUGAAAUAUGACGAACAUGAGUUUAUCGAUCAGCAUAGUCAAAUUUUGGUAAAAGAAACUACAGAAGAUCAAACGAAUUUUUUAAUCACGCACGGAAUUCUCCCCAAAGGGUCUGUUGGCCCUUUUAAGUAUAUAACUGCCAAAUCAGCGUUUGUCGAAUUUGGUGCCUCUGUUAUCGUUGGUGGCCAGCGUAUCGUUGAUGAUUAUUGGGAAACGUUAGCCAAAAAGCAAAACUUAUCAUCACACCAAAGAGUAUUCAAAUUAACAACAAAGUUAAUCUCAAAAAUAUCACUUCUACGCCCCUCGUUUYAAAAUAAUGAAAAGGAUAACGUUAAAAUAAUCGGUGAGAAUUCUGACACAAGCGGAAGUACAAUUUCGAACUAUAAAUUUGAAUCACCAUACCCAAUCGUCACAGAACAACCGUCAGCAGAGAUCAGAGAAGCGUACAUUGAAAACUUUGCCAAAGGUGAGCACAUUUCCGCAAUUGUUCCUGGGCAAAGUAUCAGUGGAACACUAGAACUAAGUGCCCAAUUUAGAGUACCGCGUUAUCAUAGUAAAAACUCAUUUCAACAAUCCUUGCAAAUGAAAGCAAUGGAUAUACCCAUUGGGAAACAUGAAGAACUACUAGAACAAUAUGAAACUCAAACGCCUGAUGGAUCCACAUCAACUUCUCUGCCCAACAAUAUCCCGUCUGUUAAUCCUAGUAAUAAACCCAUCAAGCGAAUGCUGAGUAGUAUUCUUGAUAUUAACGUGUCAUCAUCAAAGAACAAGAAAUCUGAAGAAAACGAAAUGAUAAAACCCAUAAACAAAGGUUUGCUUAAAAAUAAUACGUCGCUAAAUAUAAAUGGCUGGAAAUUUGAAUCGCUGCCCUUAAAAUCCACGGAACACUCAGGAAACCAGCAGUAUUAUAGAGGAUUGCCAUUAUACGAAAAAUCUGCGCUCCUGGAAAGGUUAAAACAGCUGACGCCGAACGAAAUCAAAGAAUUAGAGCACUUACACGACGCUGUUUUUGUUAAUACAGGUUUACAAAAUGUUAGAAAAGUUAGGACAAAGAAAUGGAAAAAAUACUGGCAGUAUAAAGCAGGUAUUCCAAUUGGUUUAAAACGUUCCCAGGUGGAUGAGUUCAAAAACCAAUAUUUGAAAGACGUGUUGGAGCAGACGAGUGUCACUACAACGUUUAACGAGGUAACGAAUAUGGAUGAAACAUUAACGACGAAAAGGAUACCAAACGCAAAUUUCUUAGGGAACUGUAAUGUCAAAGGGUUCGAUCCUCCAUAUAUUUACCCUCGUCUGAAUAAAUCGCCACAAAACAACCCUGAAAACAAGGAAACUCUCAAGCCAGAAAUUGAUGUGUCAAAUAAAAUUUCUGCCUCAAUGAUGACGACAACAAUGGCGACCAAAACGGGCACUUUUCCAACCUCAACAAUGGAAUAA